AUGGCAGCCGCGGAAGGGAAGGACCCGCUGGGCUUUUUCGCCGCUUACGGGGCCAGCGACGACAGCUCGGACAGCGCGGGCUCGGACUCGGAAGGCGACGAAGGGACCGGCUCGGGCCGCGGCGGGGAGGCCAAAGGGCCGCCUCCUCUGCCCAGGGGGAGCCCCGAGGGCAGGCCGCGCUUGCCCGGGCCUGACGAGCUGUUCCGCAGCGUCCACCGGCCGGCCUUCCUCUAUAACCCGCUGCACAAGGAGAUCGACUGGGAGAGCCGGGUCCUGCGAGCUCCCGAGGAGGUGGGUGGGGAAGAAGCGGGGGGCUGGGGAGGGGAGGGGAGGGGUGGGGGGGUCGCUCUCCUGCAGCAGCAAGAGCCGGGCGACGAGGGGAGGACCACGCUGGAAAGACCUAACAUGAUGUAUUCCUAAAGGGCGGAGUUGCAUACGAGAGGGACACACACAUGAUGUGCAUCUAGGGGUAAAUAAAAUGUUUUGGAGGGGCAGGUAAGCCCCCCGAUAACCGACCACAAGACAUGGCACACACGCACACUAUUGAAUGGCAACUUGGGAGGGGGGUCACAUAUUUUAUUGGGGUGGCUGAAGGGACUUUGGCCCCCAGGAGUUGGCUCCUACGUGUGCCUCGCUGCCGGGGCCUGUAGCUUUUCUGUCUGUGUGUGCCCCUGUCAGUCUAUACUUGUGUUUCUUGUGUCCUAAAUUUAUUUUAUUGGGGAGGCUUGUGGCCUAAAAAGGUUGGUUUAGGGCUAUUAAAGACCCUGGCCGGAGAGGGUAUUUGAGACUUUUAGGCCCCACCUAGAGCAUAUAUACACAUAUAUAUACACACACACAUGUACACACACAAAUUUAUCCUAAGUGUUGGUUUGCUUCAUCAGAUAUGUGUUAUCCUGAGUUUCAGGUGCAUAUGGAAUGCUGAAAAGUUGUGUGUGAUGUUAAUUACAUUAUAAUCAAUGGCUAUGCAUAAUUGAUGGCUACGCAUAAAAAUAGCAUCUAGAUCAGUAGUUCCCAACCUUUUUUUGGCCAUGCCCCACCUAAGCAUCUCUAAAAUCCUGUGACAUAUACGAUAAUUCUUAUUAUUCAAAAAGUGAACUCCUAGUCAUGUGGAGGAAGCCUAAAAGGCCAUUAACUUGGUUUAACUCUUUCUCGAAUUGCCCCCCUUUAAAGUCAAAUUGCCCCGCUGUGGGGUGUGUGCCACACGUUGGGAACCACAAAUCUAGAUAUUCUGGUAUUGACUAUUCGUCGGGGAACAGAAAGGGCAAUUGCCCCAGCAGCACUUGUCUCUUUACAACUUCUCAGUGUUAAAUAUUUUAUUUUUUAUAAUUAAUUAUAAAAAUAAUUAAUUUUUUUAAUGAAAAUCCUGUGUUGGUCCUUCCAUCCUUCUAGGGGAAGGGAUGGGGAUUCUGUGGGCCUCCAGAUACAUUGGACUUCAGCUCCCAUCAUCCCUGACCAUUAGCCAUGGUGUCUGGAGCUGGUUGGAGUUGACACCAAAGAACAUCUGGAGAGCUUCAGGUCCCCGAUCCUUCCCUAGAGCCAGAGGCUGCUUUAAAGCCUAGCAUUAAAGAUACGGAACUCCUUGGUCAGUGGGGUUUGCUUUCUUGUUUGUAUCCAAAAUAUGGAACUUAUUUAUCCUAUUUGGGAUGAAGAUGGAGUCUUUCUCCUAGAUCAGGGUUACAUGUUGUUGUAUUCCUCCUCCAUUUAUCCUUGUAAUGAGUGGCUUGGCUUAUUUGCUUAAACCAUUUUGAUUUCUAAACGGCUGUGGCAUUGAUGAUACUAUGUUGCUGCUUUAUUUAUUCAUAAGUGAUACUGCUCAUUCAUUAGAUGUUGGGUAUAUUUUCAGAUAUUAGAGCAAAACAGCUUUGGCCCAUGAUUGCAUUUAAAAUGCAUUCUAAGAUACGUAGUCCCUGCACCUGGUCUUCUGACAGCACAGUAUUUUAAUCCAAUUUGUUCCCCCAAACAGCCUCCAAAGGAGUUCAAGGCAUGGACGACACAUGCUGUUCCGCCCCCUGAAACCUAUAGUGUCAAAGAAACAAAGCCACCGCCACCUCCUGAGCUUGAUAUGGCAAUCAAAUGGUCCAAUAUGUAUGAAGAUAAUGGUGAUGAUGCUCCAAGGAAUCCAAACAAAGUUAACUUCUUACCAGCAGAAGAGGAGCAAGAGCACGUAGAAUCAGGUAACCCUUUGUAUAUAAAUAAUUUGAUUUAAAUCUCUCCCCCUCCACCAGUUAGAUACUUCCAUCAAUGCCAAUUUGUGUAGUAUAUUUUUGAAUCCAGGCAUACUUUUAGCCAGCAAUACAUCCCAUGGCUUUUUCUGCGAUGUAAUAGUAAAAAUAGCAUCAUUUUCCUGUUACAGUUUUACACCUGAAAGUAGUUUGGGUUGUUUGUCAUGGAAUGCGGGGGCACAGGAAGUACAAGGCACUUCCUGUUUUUGCAUGCUUACCUAUAACAGAAUCUUUGCAUCUCCCCCUCAAGAUGGGGAUUGAAUAGUGCAGGAAAAAACAGGGUGGGGGAGUGCAAGACAUUCACUUUCAUUAUGUUUAUGUCCAACUUUUCUUCUAUUAUCAUGGAAUCCAAGAUGGCAUACAUGGGGUUUCCAGGUGGUCACAAGGCAGCAGAUCUAGACUUGCUUAGCAUCAGCAAGGCUGUAUCUUCGUGUAUUUUCAGACUACAGUGGUACCUCGGGUUACAUAUGUUUCAGGUUACAGACUCCGCUCACUCAGAAAUAGUACCUCGGGUUAAGAACUUUGCUUCAGGAUGAGAACAGAAAUUGCACAGCAGUGGGAGGCCCCAUUAGCUAAAGUGGUGCUUCAGGUUAAGAACAGUUUCAGGUUAAGAAUGGACCUCCAGAACCAUUCUUUAAGUUCUUAACCCAAGGUACCACUGUAUAAUAUCUAUUCCUCUUCUUCCUCCUUCGCUUUCCUAACGUUCAAAGCCACUUUUGUCUGUUGGAUUUUACUGAUGUGCGGGACUUUCUGUUUUGAUAAUGAAGGUGUGUGUCAUGUUCUGAGGUAUUUUAAGUAGUUUCUUCUUCAGGACAAUCUCUGAAUAUUCUGAUACUAACUCUGAGUUUUUCAUCGCUUCAAUCACUGGAGGAUAUUGCUGCUUCUAAUAAAUGUUUUAACUUGCUAUUUUAGAUUUCUUUUGGACCCUUGUUUCCGUGUGUGCUUUUUGUUUGACUGCUAUUCCUAUUAAAGAUGCAAGCUUUGACUAGAAUGUUUAAUAUAUAAAAAUGUACCUCCAUUCUACCCCAUGCUUAAUGGGUGAUGCUCACAAGUAGAAACUACUAGACUGUAGACCGUUACUGGCCACAGAGAUGUGUCAGCACAAUUCUCCCUGUACCAAACACUUCAUUUAAAAAAUUGUUGAACUGCUCUUACCAUUAAUUCCCACUUGAUGUUCAACUAUAUACUUUCCUGUAAGUUAAGCCCAUUGGAUGUAAUCCUACAGUCUGCUAAAUCAGAAAACACACACUUCAAGGAACAUCAAGUCCCUCCUCAAUUUUUUCCAGGUUAAAAAUAUCCAAUUCCUUCACUCAACCUUUCCUUAUAGGACUUUUUUCUAUACUCCUGAUCAUUUUUGUUGCCACCUUCUGAACCAUUCUACAGUGGUACCUUGGGUUACAUACGCUUCAGGUUACAGAAAUAUUGCUUCAGGUUAAGAACUUUGCUUCAGGAUGAGAACAGAAAUCGUGCUCCAGCGGCGCGGCGGCAGCAGGAGGCCCCAUUAGCUAAAGUGGUACUUCAGGUUAAGAACAGUUUCAGGUUAAGUACGGACCUCCGGAACGAAUUAAGUACUUAACCCGAGGUACCACUGUAUAUCCUUCUUCCAAAGUGUGUUGCCAAGAACUGGACACAUUAUGCCAGAUGAAUUGAAACUAAGCUUUUGUAAAUGGGGCUUUAAAAACCUCAAGCUUAUGCAUAUAUUUGCAUUUAUAAAUACUUUUUUAUUUGAAGAUGAUGAAAAAGAUGAGCCCGCUUCGUUUAAGAAACGCAAGCUAGAUCCUGAGGAGCAGAUGAGAAAAAAGAAGCAGUGA